CCAGCCAGAUGAGCAUCGUCGCCGGAGGCCAGCCAGUCACCUCUGGCCGCUCGUAGCAGUAGUACGCGUCGCCUCUGCUCUCCGCUAUUUACUGAAUCAUUUUUCGUGGUUCCACAUUUCCUCCCAAGGCUGUGCUAACGUGGGAUGGGCCGCAGCGACUGGCGCCCAUUCAUCUACGGGGGCGUGUCUGCCUGUAUUGCUGAGUUCGGGACGUUUCCCAUUGACACAACCAAAACACGGCUACAGAUCCAGGGUGGACGAUGUGACGCUGGGGAAGUAAUAACAAAACGCUAUCGUGGAAUGCUCCAUGCACUUCUCAAGAUAUCUAACGAGGAGGGGAUCCGAGCACUCUAUUUUGGAAUAGCACCAGCUGUACUCCGUCAAGCUACAUAUGGAACGAUCAAGUUUGGGUUAUAUUAUUCCCUCAAGCAGAUGCUAGUUAAUAAUCCCGAAGAAGAAAGACUUGGCAUCAAUGUGUUCUGUGCCGUCACUGCAGGGGUGGUGGCUAGUGCGAUGGCAAACCCUACAGAUGUGCUGAAGGUGCGGUUACAGAGUGGACGUGCAGAAUUCAAGGAGAAAAGCCUUCUUCAAGCGUUUCUCAGUAUUUACCACCAAGAAGGUAUUCAGGGUCUAUGGAGGGGAGUGUGUCCAACUGCUCAAAGAGCAGGUGUGAUCGUAGGUGUGGAGCUACCAAUUUACGACAUGUGCAAACAUUAUUUUAUAAAGAUGAACUUGCUGCCUGACAAUGCCACGAACCAUUUCCUGUCGAGCUUCAUAUCGAGCCUGGGAGGUGCAGUUGCAUCGACUCCCCUUGACGUUGUGCGGACGCGAGUGAUGAACCAAAAGAGGUUAAAAUCUCCAGCUCAAGUUAGUGGUAAUGGGGCAGUGUGUACUUCAAGAAUUUAUGCAAGUACAGUGGACUGCUUAGUGCAGACGGUUAAAUCUGAGGGACCCUUGGCGCUGUAUAAGGGAUUCAUUCCUACAUGGCUUCGGCUUGGACCUUGGAAUAUAAUCUUCUUUGUCACAUUUGAGCAACUGAAGAAGUUCUAUUAAAAAGUUCUAUCUUUUGAAUUCAUCAUAAUUUUGACGAAGUUAAUAUAGUAAUCAGAUUUUUGGCCAAACUGUGACGUGUUUUGCCUUUCGGUGAUACUAGAGAGAGUGCUGUUAUAAAGCUUGUACAUUGAAUAAUGGAACUGACAGUUUUCCAGUUUUAAAAUUAUUUCUUGGUGAUGUGUAAACAUUUGCAAAGUCUCAUGUUAAUUCAGCUCAAUCCAAUGUUAAACAAUUGUAAUGAUAGACAAAGUACAGUACUGUAUUCUGAUUGGGGAACCCAUUUUCAUUUUCAGAAAUAGUUUCACUUACCAUAUAUUCAAUUAUUUCUUGACAAUCUAGGAAGAAGCCAUACUAAUGAUAUCUCAUGGUAUUAAUAAAUUAGUGUCCUUCACUUCCAUUCAUUGUUAGUCAUUUACAAUAAUGUAAUUUUGUAUUGACACCCAAGGGAUGUAAUAUCAAAUGUCAAUGACAUAGUUUGCUCGUCAUUCCAGGUGUAAAGUUUUCCAUCAUUUAAUUUGUUUUUGUAUAGUACCGGUGUUGUAUAUAUUAAAUGCAAAUUAAUAAUAUACAUUUAAGAAUGUUACAAAAUCACUUCAAGCAAAAUGUAUUUAUUAACAAAUACAUUUGGAUAUUUUGAUAACAAUUGCCCUGAGGUUAAUGGCAGUGCCAUUUUGAAACCAAAGAUCCUUGAUGGAGAAUUUUUAUAUAUAUUGGCAGUUAUGUCAACUGCAAUAUUGUUUAGACAGUGAGCAUGAAUAUACUCAUUCUUCACGUUGAUAAUGGCAAUUAUUGAAUUAGUGUUAGUGCAUUAAUAAAUGACGCAUUUUUUUUAAUCGUUGGCUGAAUUGUACAUCUUUUUCCUCCUUACGUAAAGCAUUAUGUAGAAAGCAAAAAGUGUAGCUCACUCCUAAACUCUCCUGUGAUUGAAUGCAGUUGAGAUAAUCAUUUGUGAUGCUAAAAUAUAUCUAUUUUUGUAGGCUGUGAAUGAGCUCAGACUGAGAGUUGUAAUGCAGCGAGUAGUGUAGUGGUACUUCCCAGCAAACACUCGUAGCUUUGUUACUGUUAAUAACGUAACUUAAAACCUUAAUUGUGUAAUAUUGUAACGUAAAAACACAUUAUUAACAUAGUUACAAAGAGACUUUGUGAUCAAGUUGUACAUUUGCUGGGUUGGGUUUUUUGUACAUAGAUCUGCCAGAAAAUGUUUACAAUGUGAAUGUAAACAGUUUGAAUGUUGUGUUGUAUUAAAAUGUGUAAAAUAUAAAAAUUUUGCAUGUUGUGUUUAAGAUGUUGCUUUUUCAAUUUUUUUUUUCAGGAAUGACAUAAAGAAAGUGUAAAUGAUAUCGAAUAACUUAUUCUUCAAAAUAAAAAUUAAAACAGUA